AUGGACCGUCUGAAGGUAGAGCAGGAGAAGGAAAUGACAAUCAACACCAACUUGGACUACUUCCAAACUAAAAUGUGCGCUCUGCAUCCCAAUGCUAUCAAAAUGCAUGAGCGGAGCGAAAGGCAUUUGGCAAACGUUGAAAGGGAAAUAAGAAGACAACGACAAACUGAAGUGGAUACGCAGAGGAACGAGGCUGAGGUGGCCAAGCAGAUUGCUAAGAUGAAUGCCGCAGCAAUGUCAGCAAUGGAAAAGGAUGCGGGGUUGUUCGAUCCACGUCGGAGGGUAACUGAGCUGCCACAACCUGACAUAAGUCGACCGGCUGUGCUCAGCAACUCGAGGAGUAGCAGUAGUUCCAUUCCGUUAUCUAAGGAGGAAGAGGAGCCGAUUCCCUCGGGGCCACCAGCAUUACUACCACCCCUCCCGUUGGCACUACAGAGGCCACCUCCUCCUCCACCUUCGGGCACUGUAGCCAUGCCACCUCCAGCUAAGCCGGCUAUGCCUACUCCUGCUGUGCGGCCAGUUAUGAGGGCCGAGCCUGUGUAUAUUCCUCAAAUGCCGCGGAUCGUCAUUCCUGCUAAACCAGUGGAGGAGAAGCAAGAGGAGAAGAAGCCACUAGAAUUUAUACAAAAGGAUGACGAGCAACCCUCAUCAGCAUUGAUGAGUGCGUGGGACGAGACUAAAGUGGCGGCAGCAAGAGCUAACUCUUCGAAUGAGCCCAAGAUUGAUGCUACUACUGGUCUGGGAACGUGGCAAGCUGUUGGUCGGUGCGGAUAG